CGACAAAAAAUAGCAUCUUCUGAAAGGAUUGAAGAUUGUGCAAGGUUACCCGAAACAAGUCGGUUGAAGAAGAAAGUUGCUGAAAAACCAGGACUGAUAAAUCAACUAACAAGAUGACGACACAAUAAUUUAAGUUGAAGAAAUUGAAGAAUGUGCACGAAUUAUUUGAAAACACAAUUUGAAAACAAUAUCCGUGUGAUGGAGAGGAAGGAUUUUGACGAAACAAUAAAAAUGAUCAGCGACAACAUGUACGGACUAUGGCUACAAAAUUUAAAAGAUUGUUUUAGACAGAACAUAAAGGCCCAGAACAUUCUACUCGCUGUCACCACAGGGCUAAUGAUUUUGCUUGAUGGAGACAUCUGUACGUUUAUUUUUAUCAUUUUCGCUCAAGAGUCGUCGCUGGCGUUAGCAUACAUGUUAAAAUUCUACAUUGGUAUUGAAAACGAACUGAAGGACUUGAGACAUAUUGGAGUACCUUCGAAAAAAUACAUUAAAUUCUGGAUAUUAGAUGGAAUCAUAAAUAACCAAAAACAGAUUGUUGCAUCUGUUGCGCUUACGACAACUUGCGACAAAGAUUAUGAUUCAACGCAAACAGUGGAAUUAAAGAGAUUAUCUGUCACGCCUAAUCUACGAAGAAUGAAAAUUGGCUCCAAGAUGCUUGAGCAUGCUCUACAGAAAGCUACAGAAAUGGGAUUUCAGCGUAUGGUGCUUUACUGCUCAGACAGGCAACCGCCAGCUAUCGAAUUGUACAAAAGAUAUGGAUUCAAAACAUUUAAGAUUAUCGAUAAAACAAUGUUUUCCGUUCUGUCCGGGUGGACAGAUUAUUUAGUAAGCGGAACAAACAAGGAAUGA